UGACACCCGUCCAGCUCGUCGCAAAAACAGCAGCAGCGGCAGCGGCGGCGUACUCAUCGUCGCAGCACUCGAGGGGAGCCAUCCGAGCCGGAGGGAGGGAGAGCCAGGAUUUACGGACACCGUCCAAGCAUGGCUACCCAAACCACAGCAUCAUGCACCGGAUCCACUCUGUUGAAGCCUAUAAGCGACAUCAUCAACCUCCCUGUCGACCAGGUUAACUUCGUGGCAUGUCAGCUGUUUGCCCUGCUGAUGGCGGUGUGGUUCCGGAUCUACCUCCACCCCAGUAAGACCAGUCCCUUCGUCAGACAUGUGGUGGCGACUCUGCUGGGCCUGUACCUGGCUCUCUUCUGCUUCGGCUGGUAUUCCCUCCACUUCCUGGUACAAAGCGGCCUGUCUUAUGGUGUGAUGAUUUUUGCCGGCCUGGAACACAUGCACAAGUACUGUUUCAUUGUGACUCUUGGAUAUCUGAUACUGUGUCAGAUCACGCGAGUCUACGUUUUUGACUACGGCAUGUACUCUGCAGAUUUUACAGGGCCCAUGAUGGUCAUCACACAGAAGAUUACAAGCAUGGCGUUCGAAAUACAUGACGGUUUGACCAAGCAAGAAGCGCAGCUGACUCCCAGUCAGAAAUACCUAGCUAUCAGUCGUAUGCCCAGCUUGCUGGAGUACCUGAGCUACAACUGCAACUUCAUGGGCAUCCUGGCCGGGCCCACUUGCUCCUAUAAUGACUACAUCGGUUUCAUCGAAGGGACAUGUUAUCAGCCGCGCCACCAUGAAAACGCCAAUGGAAAGGAGAACGGAAAGUUCAAGCAGAGCGAACCUUCACCCAAGAGUGACGUCAUCUCCAAGCUGAGCACGUGUGCGAUCUGCUUGGCCAUAUAUCUGUCGCUGUACAGGCUGCUCCCCGUCGAGCACUCCAUCAAAGAGGACUUCGUCAAAUCCACGCCCGUCUAUCUUCAGAUCAUCUACCUUUACCUGGCAAUGCUGGCUCUGAGGCCAAAGUACUACUUUGUAUGGACUCUUGCUGAUGCUAUCAACAACGCUGCAGGAUUUGGUUUCAACGGAUACAACAAAGACGGCUCCCCACGGUGGGACCUGAUUUCAAAUCUCAGAAUCCUGGACAUUGAGUUUGCCACGAGUUUCAAGUUGUUUCUAGACAACUGGAAUAUUCAGACAGCUCUUUGGCUAAAAAGGGUGUGUUACGAGCGCUGUCCGAUAAACCCGACAGCUGCCACCUUUCUGCUGUCGGCCAUGUGGCACGGGGUGUACCCCGGCUACUAUCUUACCUUCGUCACUGGCAUCGGCAUGACCAUGGCUGCCCGUGCAGUGAGGCACAACAUCAGGCCGUACUUCCUGGUCUCAGACUCGCACAAGUACGUCUAUGACAUCAUCACGUGGGCGUGCACCCAGGUUGCCAUUAGUUACACAGUGGUGCCAUUUGUCCUACUCGCUGUAGGGCCAUCACUCAAAUUCUACAGCUCUUGGUACUUCUGCUUACACCUCCUCUGCCUGCUGGUGGUGCUGGCCCUGCCCGUCAAAUCAAAACGCCGGCAGGCCAAGGAGCGGCAGGACGGCGUGGCGGGGGACAAACACAUGCACCUCAACAGCACGGACAACAACUGCAACCAGAAGGACAAGGCCACAUGAGGCUUCGGGACAGCGACGGCGCAGCCCCCCCUCCCCGUCCCGCCAACCCCACCUCCCCCACCCCCCAUCAGCAGCAGAGACGACAACGCCGAGGACCGGAGUACGUCAAGUCCGUUUACCCGACGAAGAACCAAAAAACUCUGAAAAUCCUAUCGGACGGAAAACACAAAUCCUGUCAAAACUUCCAGUAGCACGGAUGACAGACAUCGAAACUUCUGACAUGGAUAAGAGACCAGGAUGAAACAAGUGAUAGUGGUUACUUUACAUUAGGUUAGUGAAAAUAAAGACUUCCAAGCUGCCUUAAACCCUCUCUGUACUCUGUAGGUGAAUUAAAUUGGAUGGCCGGCUGCUGGAACAUAAAUACAGUUACCCCCGUGUGGUAUUGUGUUAUUUCAUCAGAGCAGACGUACAGUUUGUGGAGGGUUUUUGUCAUUGUCUGGAUACAAGCCUCUGUUGGAUGGGAAGAGAAAAUGUGUACAUGUUUAAGAAACAUAACCUUUAUCAUCAGCUGCCAAUUUAAAACUGGCCUUAGGAUCCUCAAAUAAUUAUUUAAUUUCUAUGUCUUUUUUUUUUUUUUUUUUUUAAUCUUCAAGAAGAGUUCAUGUUGUAUGUGUUUUGUAUUUAGCUGUUUGUGACAACACUAUUUGACAAGCAUUCUUGACGAGAGAACCAGAAAGCGGAAGUCAGAUGUCGUCCGUCUCCGGUAGUGGAACGUCCAAAAUAGGGAACUCGAGAGUCAGUAAACGUUCUUUUUUUAUUUAUACAAUUUUCAUAUCCACUGCUUUUUUUUUUUUUUUUUUUCUUGGGGGGCAAACAUAACUCAUCAGAUAAACAUGCAUUACAAAUGGAGUUUAUUUACCCUCUUGUGACUCAAAGUACCUUUUCUUUCAAAAGGGUUUUCAACUUGGAGGAGUAAUUUAUCUCUUUGUAUGUGUCACACAACAGGUUUCCUCUGUGUUCAAACGAAUUGCUGCCUCUAAUCCAAGUAUCCAAAACGAUUUAAUUCUUAGAAGUUCUGAAUAAGUUUGGCAAUGACUGAAUUAACGAUUUAAAUAACAAUUGAAAAGUUGCAACGUUUCGUAACCUUUUAAAAAAGCCAAACGAACUGUGUCAUUAUGCAAUUUGGGUUUGUCUGUGAGGAAAUCUGACUUUCUUUUUAUGUAUGUGACAUAAUAUUGUACAAAGUUCAAAGGCAUAGACCAGCUGUUGUGGUAAAUGGUCUUCUUUCAUAUUGUGUGCACUUAAUGUUAGACUAGGGGAUGUUUCAGGGUGCAUUUACUGUAUGGUGUAAGAGACACUGGUUCCUCAUUUUUUUUUUCUUGUUUUUUUAUCCGUGGCUCACCUUAAGCCUUUUCAGAAUAAUCCUGUUUACUCUUUAAAACACACAGGAGUCUCAACAACUGCCCAUGGGAUAUUCUUUGGUAUCAUUAAAUGGAAUUAGAUUCAAGAAAAUUGUUUUUGCAAGGAAAGCAACCCGAAAGACAUCUUACUGUUGUCUAAAUAAUUAAAUGGCACAUGUUUAUGUGUGUGUUAGAGCAGAUAUAAUCUAAUUUUUCAUUACUUUUCUCUUUAAAAAAAACACACAUGAAGUCAUAACUAAGCAGUAAAGGUGAGUUCUGAGACGUGGACCUCGUCAUUUCUUUUAAAGACUUUCUAACACUUUCAUAUUCCUGCCAUAACUGUGCGUUCAGCAGUAUUCAUGUGAUCUGUACAUGUUGAUGUGAUUUCAAGUGAAACAUAUUUGUAGCCUGGGCUGUACGAAGGCGUGGGCGGCCCACCCAAGGGAAAGGGAUGUCAUACUACAAGCAUAGCGAUUAUUGCACUGCAUGGCCACCCAAACCAGCAGAUCAAUGCAAACUGCUCCAUGUGUCCAAAGUGCCAAACUACAAAUGGCGCAUUUUUGUUUUUGUGUGCAUGUGUGCCUGCGUGUGUGUGUUUGUGCGUGUGUGCGCGCCUGUGUAACAUAAUGGGUAUUUUUGUGUCAGAAGGAAAUUUAUUGAAAGAUUUGUAUAACAGUACAUUAAAACUCUGAUUUAUGUGGCAAAAUAAAGAGAAAUUAUUUUUAAACACUAUUAUCAUGCUUGAUGGUAAAUGGGGUUUUAUUUUUCAGUUAAAAAGUAGAUGUAAAUGUACUUUAUCACAACAGAGACAAUAAUUGUGCAAUGAAAAACACAAACUGGUCUUGAUGUAAUUUAGAACAACCUGAUGCUUGGGAUGAAACAUCUCAUUUGGACUUGCAACGAGGGAACGUGUCAUGAUGUU